AUGGACGCCCAGCGACCCUCCAAGGUCAUGGCCUUUGCCUGCGGCAUGUUCUCUGCCUUCGGUGGCUUCCUCUUCGGCUAUGACACCGGCUACAUCUCUGGCUUGAAGGCGAUGCCGUAUUUCCUCACUCAGUACGGUGAUCUUCAGCCCAACGGCGAGUACAAGCUCAGCACCUCGACCGACUCGCUCAUUACCUCGAUCCUGUCCGCCGGUACUUUCUUCGGCGCCAUCUGCUCCGGCUUCGUCGGCAACAAGCUCGGUCGCCGCGUCGGCAUCUGGUGCUACCUCGUCCUGUUCUGCGCCGGUGUUGCCAUGCAAACGGCGGCGACCGACGUCCCGCUCUUCACGGUCGGCCGUGUCUUUGCCGGUCUCGGCGUUGGCGGUGUCUCGUGCCUCGUCCCCAUCUACCAGUCCGAGUGCGCGCCCAAAGCGUGGCGCGGCUUCAUCGUCAGCGCCUACCAAUGGUUCAUCACGAUUGGUCUCCUGAUCGCUGCCAUCGUCGUCGAGCGCACCAAGGACCGCCCUGACGCAUCGUGCUGGCAAAUUCCCAUUGGUAUCCAGUUCGUCUGGGCCGCCAUCCUCGGCGGUGGGCUGCUCUUCCUUCCCGAGUCGCCCCGUUGGCUCCUCGUCACUGGUCGCGACGAGCGCGCUCGUCACUCUCUCGCCCGCCUCUUCCGCCUCCCCGAGAACUCGCCCUACGUCGCCGAGGAGUACGCCAACAUCGCCGCCAACGUUCACCACGAGUCGACCCUCGGCAAGGUGUCGUACAGCCGGCUGCUCUUCAAGUCGGACGAGCAGCGCCUUCCUCUUCGCGUCUGGACCGGCUGCGCCCUCCAGGCCCUCCAGCAGCUCUCCGGCAUCAACUUCAUCUUCUACUACGGCACGACCUUCUUCCAGAACUCGGGCAUCAGCAACCCUUUCCUCAUCACGAUCGCGACGAACGUCGUCAACGUCGGCGCCACGGUUCCCGGCAUGUUCAUGGUCGACAAGCUCGGCCGUCGUUGGACCAUGAUCUCGGGCGCCAUCGGGAUGAGCGUCUGCCAAAUGAUCGUGGCUAUCACUGGAACCGUCAUUGGCGACGGCGACCCUGCUGGCCAGAAGGUUCUCGUUGCCUUCGUCUGUAUCUACAUUGCAUUCUUCGCGGCCAUCUGGGGCCCGUACGCCUGGGUCAUCACCGGCGAGAUCGUGCCCAACCGCGUUCGCGGCCAGGCCGUCUCGCUCACGACGGGCACGCAGUGGCUCUUCAACUUCGCCAUCGGUUACUCGACGCCCUACCUCGUGGACGAGGGUCCCGGUCGUGCCGGCCUCGGCGCCAAGGUCUUCUUCAUUUGGGGAGGAUGCUGCGUCAUUGCGACCGCCUUUGCCUUCUUCUUCAUCCCCGAGACCAAGGGCCUCUCGCUCGAGCAGGUCGACCUCCUCUACCGGAAUUCGUCGAUCAUCAAGUCCAACUCGUACCGCAAGCGCAUCAUGGCCGAGAACCUCCAGGACGAGACCCAGGAGGGCUACUACGCCGCCGCGCAGGACAAGAACGCCGGCCAGUUCGGCCACGCCGAGCACGCCGCCAAGCGCGACUUUGACUCGGACGGCCUCGUCGAGAAGCGCUCGGUCUGAGCGUCGUCGCUCGUCGCGACGACUCGGUGCCGUCGAGCGUGUGGGUGCGGCGCGAAGAGGCGCAAGGAGGCGGCUGUACUGUCUCGUUCCCGUCCAGAUUCCCUUUCCCGAGCCUGCAAAGACUGUGUUUCCUAGCCUC